AUGGAAACAUUCGAAAAAAUCGGUAAAAAAACCGCCAGCGUGAUAACAGAACAAGAAGCAGGUAUAACUAUCAACAAUACCCAACCAAAAUUAUCUGAUUUAUUAAGAGAAGCGCGGGAAAAGAAUCCUGAAGUUCAACCGAAAGAGACUCAAACGGAAUUAAUUACAUCGAAACCUGAACCGGAGCAUUUCAAUUACAACAAUUUGCUGGAAGAAUUUCAGGGUCAUGCCCAUCUAGAAGCACUUGAAAUCCUUUCAAAUGAGAGCGAAUUUAAAACUCAAUCACUAUUAAAGACCCGUUCAGAGGAAUUGCUCUAUGAUAGCAUGGAAAAAGUAAAAGAAUCUUUUUCUUCCGAAAUGCCACCAGGGAAUGAUCAAGAUUUUAUGAAAGUUCUAGCAGAGCUCCUGAAGGAACUUAAUUUAGAAGGGAUGGAACAAAGAAUUGAAGAGGUGUAUAAUGAUGCACAUUCAUGGAUAAAAAAUUGUGAACAAAGUAGCAAUGAUGAAAGUAAUUGUAGUUCUCUAGAAGUGCAUACGGUAGCAAUAAAAACUUUGGCUCAUAUGACUGCCGAGUGUAUAAACUUAUUUCAUAAAGGCGCAGAAUGUCUGCUUCUUACCAAUAAGGAAGUCAAGAGAGACGCCUCCAGAACCGGAAUUAGUUUAUCGAAAAUGGCAGCCAUUAUGAAUGAGGAGCUAUCAAAUAUAGCAAAUCUUUAUGCACAUUGUAUAAAUAACAAAACUGAAGGUGACUCCGAUGGUGACCAACGUCAAAUAACGAAUAUAUACUUGGAGGCGGGAAAUAGUUGCUCCUACGUUAGCGAUGCAUUAAAUUCUAUGGUAUCAGUUGUUCAGUUUGUGGGGUAUUAUGCAUCACUAGCUGUAGCCCAGCAAUAG